AUGGGUGAAAUAGAGCAGAUGAAGCAGGAGACUGAGCAGCUGAAGAAGCAGAUUGAGGAAGCUCGAAAAGCUUGUGCUGACACUACACUUGCUCAGCUUGCUUCUGACAUUGAAGUGGUUGGGCGCAUACAGCUGCGGACACGGAGGACUCUGCGUGGACAUCUGGCCAAGAUCUAUGCUUGUCACUGGUCCACAGAUUCCAAGCUCAUGGUCAGUGCUUCACAAGAUGGGAAACUCAUUGUGUGGGACACCUAUACAACCAACAAGGUUCAUGCCAUCCCUCUCCGGUCUUCUUGGGUCAUGACCUGUGCCUAUGCCCCAUCAGGGAAUUAUGUGGCUUGUGGAGGUCUUGACAACAUGUGCUCCAUCUAUAACCUCAAGAGUCGUGAAGGGAAUGUGAAAGUGAGCAGGGAGCUCUCAGCUCACACAGGCUACCUCUCCUGCUGUCGAUUCCUGGAUGACAAUAACAUUGUCACUAGCUCUGGGGACACCACCUGCAUCCUCUGGGAUAUUGAAACAGGCCAGGCGAAGACCACAUUCAUAGGACACACUGGUGACUGCAUGAGCCUGGCCGUCUCUCCAGACUUCAAGCUUUUCAUUUCGGGAGCCUGCGAUGCCACAGCCAAGCUGUGGGACCUCCGAGAAGGAACUUGCCGCCAGACAUUUAUAGGACAUGAAUCAGAUAUCAAUGCCAUUUCAUUCUUCCCCAAUGGGGAUGCCAUCUGCACUGGUUCUGAUGAUGCCUCUUGCCGCCUCUUUGACCUUCGGGCAGACCAAGAGCUAGUCACCUACGCUCACGAGAGCAUUAUUUGUGGAAUUACCUCAGUCGCUUUCUCCCGCAGCGGGCGCCUCCUCCUGGCUGGAUAUGAUGAUUUUAAUUGCAAUAUCUGGGAUACUCUGAAAGCAGAGCGUGUGGGCAUCCUGUCUGGACAUGACAAUAGGGUGAGCUGUUUGGGAGUAACUGCAGAUGGCAUGGCUGUAUCUACUGGCUCUUGGGACAGUUUCCUGAAAAUUUGGAACUGA